ACUGAACGACCUGUGCCGAUUCUCCAGAGAAAUGGGCACACAGUCAGAGAGAGUGUCUGCUCUCAUUAAGGAGUACAACAGUCUGAGUCUCCAAGCCUCCAGGGAGUGCCAGAGCAAAGAGAAGCUGUUAGAACAAGGUUUCCGCUCCACCUUCAGAGAGUUCCAGCAAUGGUUGGUCAAUGCCAAAAUCAACACGGCCAAGUGCUUUGACGUACCUCAAAAUCUCAAUGAGGCCUCGUCUAGUUUGCAGAAGAUUCAGGAGUUUCUAAGUGAUAGGGAACAAGGUCAGUCAAAGCUGAAUGCUGUGGUUGUGAAUGGUGAGCUUGUCUCUAGUGUUACAGCUAAAGAUAAAGUUGAUGCCAUUCGGGCUAAAAUGAACACUGCCAGAGAGGACUGGAAAAACAUGAUGUCCAAUCUGCACAGCAGAGAGACAUGUCUACAAAACCUUCUGUCACAGAUGAAGGAAUUUGAGGCAAGUGCAGAACCUCUUCAGGAGUUCCUAAAUGCCACAGAGCUGGCUGUACAGGAGAGCAGCACAAGACUUCAUGAUCUCACAGCCAAGAAGUUGGAGCUUCAUAAGCUACAGUCUGUGCUUGAGGAGUUAGCCUCUCAGGAGGUUCAGCUGAGCAGGCUGAAAGAGAAGGCCCAGCUCUUGUGGGAUGAACAUGCUGCCGGCAAGGGUUUUGUGCACCAUGUGUCGCAACUCUCUGCUCAGUACCUAGCUUUAACCAACCUGACCAAGGAAAAGGCUUCACGAAUUGAUCGGAUAGUCACUGAACACCAGCUUUUCUCCCAAGGUUUAAAAGAGCUACAGAACUGGGUGGUUGAUACCAGCCAUAUGUUGCAGACUUACUGUGCUCCUACAGCUGACAAAAAUGUUCUUGACAGCAGGAUGAUCAAGCUGGAGGCCUUGCUAACUGCACGCCAGGAGAAGGAGAUCCAGCUAAAGAUGCUGAUCACAAGAGGAGAGUCAGUUCAGAGGAACACCUCAGCUGAGGGAGUACCUGCAGUCCAAAAACAAAUACAGGACCUUAAAGAUUCUUGGGAUGCCCUGCUCUCUGCUUCUAUUCAAUGCAAAAGUCAGCUGGAGGGUUCCCUGUCUCAGUGGACCAGUUACCAGGAAGAUGUACGCCAAUUUGUUGCUUGGAUCGAGCGUGUUGAGGAGAUUCUCGAUCCUGCUGAUAAACAGUGCCCAGAGAUAAGAGAUAAAACCGCUAAUCUGAGCAAAGCUAAGUUACUGUAUGAGGAAGUCCUCAGCCACAAUACCCUUCUGGACACCAUAACAGCAAAGAGUGCCAGCAUCACUGAGAACUAUGUCACUCAACUGGAGCUCCAAGAUCUGCAGGAGCGCUAUAACACUGUCAAAGACAGUGCAAUGAGGGCAGUUGGCAAAGCAGAGGAGCUGGUGAAAGCCCACCAAGAGUAUCAACGGGGCCUUCAUGCAUUUGAGGAGUGGCUGGAACAGGAACAAGAGAAGCUUGGCUGCUACACCCAGCUGGAGGGUGAUGUUGAUAUGCUGGAAGAGACUCUUCAAAAGCUGCAGGAACUGCAGCUUCACUGCACAGAGGGCCAGGCUUUGCUAAACACCCUACUGGUCAGUCGAGAACUUGUCAUUCCCUGGGGCCUGCCUCAGCUAGAAGACAGAGCUCUAGAAACACUUCAGCAGGAGUGGCGGCUUUACCAGGCCCAGCUGUCUGACACCCGAGCCCAACUCAACAGUGCUCUAGCCAAACUUCGGCAGAUGGAGCAAAAGUUCCAGCGUCUUGACAGCUGGCUAAAGGGCAUGGAGACCAAAGCACAACUGCGCAAUCAUCGGCGAUCUGACCGUGCCACUAAAGAUGCUCAGCUGCAGCUUAUAAAGAGCUGGCAGGAGGAAGUGCUGGUUUAUCAAGACGAAAUGGAGGGCCUUAGUCUUUUGGCUCAGCAGGUUCUUGAUGAAACACAUAUUAGCAGCAGGAUCAGUACCAGAGCCACCCAGAUCACAGCCCGCUACCACGCCCUGCUUCUGCAUUUACUGGAGACUAUCAAACAGCUCCAGGAAGAGGUGUCUUGCAUUGAAGAGGCACAGUGUGUUUUCACCACGUUCUCAGACUGGCUCAGCACAGCUCAGAAUAACUUCAGUACUGUGGCUAUAAGUGUUGAUAUAGUGGACCGCUUUGCCAUGGAGAGAAAGAUGAAGAAACUAGAGGCUCUUCAAGCUGACAUGGAGCAGGGUCAUGUUUACCUAAAAACAAUGAGGGAGAAGACAGAGCGAGCAAUGGCAUUCCUGGAAGAACCUGAAGCUGAGCAGCUCAAAGAGGAGGUGGACAUUCAACUCUUCCAACUUGAGGAACUUAUGGCAGCUCUGCGCACAGAGCAUAGCUCCCUUGAGAAGUGCAUCUCACUCUCCAAAGACUUUAUGGAUAAGUACAAGGCCCAGGCACAGUGGGUGAUGGAGACCAAGAACCUUUUAGCUUCAAAUGUAGAACCUAAAGCUGAACUGUACCAGAAGAAGGCUCAGUUAGCAAAGUACAAGACCAUCCAGCAGACGGUCCAGUCUCAUGAGUCAGCAGUGAAAUCUGUCAUUGAGAAAGGAGAGGCCCUGCUUGAUACAGUAAAUGAUCCCACAAUCAGCAAAAACAUGAAAAGGUUGCAGGCUGACCAUCAAGACCUUUGUCUGGCGGCUAAGACACAGGUCCAGAACCUUGUGGAGUGGGUGAAAGAACAUGAGGAUUACAACAGUGAGCUGCAGGAAGCUGAGAAAUGGCUUUUGCAGAUGUCCAGUAGGCUGGUGACCUCAGAUUCCAUGCAGACUAGCAGUAUGGAGAUAGCCACUCAACAACUUGCCAGACACAAGGCUAUUAUGGAGGAAAUAGCCAGUUUUGAGGAGCGUCUUUCCAGCUUAAAGCAGAAGGGAGAAGGUCUUGUUGCCAGCUGUACAGACCAAGUUCAAACUAAGAUCAGUCAGCAAGUCCAGGCUCAUAUACAGGGAACCAGAGAUAGCUACUCUGCCAUCUGCAGUACUGCCCAACGUGUUUACCAGAGUCUGGACCGGGAGCUGCAGAAACAUGUUAAUCAUCAGGACACUCUCCAGCAGUGUCAAACAUGGCUUUCUACUGUACAAGAGGAGCUUCAGCUCAAUGAUCAGGGACCAUCCGGUCUGCAGGAAGCACUGAAGCAGGUGAAGCACUACAGAGCACUUCAGGAGCAGGCCAGCACUUACCUAGACCUGGUUUGUUCUGUGUGUGACCUGUCUGAUGAUGCCGUAAGAGUGACAGCUGCUGAGGUCCAGCAGGUCAAACUCACAAUAGAGGAACGAAUGUCCAGUGCACAAGAGCUUUCAGAGGGCUGGAGAGAGAUCAAAGAACAGAAGCAGGACCUAACCAGCCUGUUCCAGGACAUGGAGCAGCAGCUUCUCAGCCUCUCCAGAAGACCAGCAGAGCUGGAGACCAAGAUAGCACAAAACAUGCUGUCACAAGCCAAGGAAUGCAGCCAGCAACUUCAGUCCAAACAAAGUAUCCUGACUAAAAUGACUGAGACUGUGAGCAGAUUAACAGGCGGCCAAGAGUCUCCAGAACAUGCAGAGCUUGACCGUCUGAGCCAUUCUUGGCUCGAGCUCUGUCACCAGGCCAACAAGCUUCAGAGCCAGAGAGAGGAAGAUCUGCAGAGGUCUAAGGAAUACCAUGAGUGUAUCGCUGCAGUGGAGGUGCUGUUUGAACAGGUGUCCAAAGAGUGGGACAAUUUGGCCAGAACGGAUGCUGAAAGUUCAUCUCAACAUUUGGAGGCCUUACGGAAGCUUGCAAUAACUCUCGAAGAACAAAAAGGUGCUCUUGAGGACCUCAAGGAUCAGAAACAGAAAGUCAUCCAAUAUUUGAACUUGGAUGACAAAGAGCUGGUUAAAGAGCAGAUCAGCCACUUUGAGCAGCGGUGGUCUCAGAUGCAAAGCCUAAUUGAAAGAAAAAUCCAAGACUCAGUGGUGACCCUAGAGGAUAUGCAUCAAGUGGAGGCCCGUCUGAAAGAAGCUCGGGAUUGGGCUGAAGAGCAGCAACCUGCUCUGUCUGAGGCCAUGAAAAUGAGUCCUCCUCCUGAGCUAGCUCAGAGCUUUCUGUUUGACCACCUGAGCAUCUGCAGUGAGUUGGAGGCGAAGCAGCUCCUCCUGGCCCAGGCCAUGGCCGAUGCUGACAGGGUGUUAGCACGGCUGGGCCUCAGUGAACGACAGCAUCUGCAGCAGCUGAUUUCUGACACACAAUCUGAGGUCGAAUCUUUGAGUGUGAAGGUGAUGCAGCGCAGAAAACACCUCAGCAAAGCUUUCACUGAGAGAACACAUUUCCUUAUGGCUGUAAGUCAGUCCAUCUCCUGGGUCCAGCAAAAUGAGAAGAAGGCCCAGGCAGAGGAGUACAUUGCUCUGUUACCUGAUGACCUAGCCAAGCAGGUCAGAACCUGUCGAAACAUCCAGAGCAGUCUGAAGGCCUAUCAGAGUGAGCUGACAUCCUUGUGGUCUCAGGGGAGAGACCUGAUGAGGGAUGCAAGUGAGGAAGAAAGGAAUGAGAUUCUGACAAAGUUGCAGGAGUUGCAAAGUAUCUUUGACAAAACCCUUCAUAGAUGUGGCCAGAAACUUCAAGAACUUGAAAAAGUACUUAUCUCUAGGAAGUAUUUCAAGACUGAUUUAGAGAAAAUAUGCCAAUGGUUAAAGCAAGCUGAUAUAGUUACAUUUCCUGAAAUAAACUUGAUGGUUGGAGAUGCUGAAUUGGAAGCACAGUUGCUGAAGUAUCAACAGAUAGUUGAGCAGGCAAUUGAAUAUGAGAACCUCCUCCUAAUUGUACAGCGAGCUGGCCAGGAAAUAUUGCCAACUCUGAAUGAAGUUGACCACUGCUAUUUGGAUGAAAAACUUAACACCCUUCCUCAGCAAUAUAACAGCAUAUUAGCACUAGCCAAAGAAAAACAGGAGAAAAUCCAGCAGGCCAUUAUUACAAGGAACGAGUACAAGUCUUUCAUAGACAUCACUCACAAAGCACUGAAAGAACUUGAGGAACAGUUCAAUAAUUUGGGAACUCAGCCUGUAGGCUUGCAAACAGAAGAGGUUGUCAGCCUGCAGAGUGAUUACAAAGCAAUUCAGAAAGAUCUGAGUAACCUGGGUCUUGCUGUGAGUGAACUGAACCAGAAGAAAGAGGGAUUUCGUAGCACUGGCCAGCCGUGGCGCCCGGAGGAAAUGACCCAGCUUGUGAGCCUGUACAACGGACUGAAGAGGUUGGUGGAACAGAAAGUGGAGCAUCUGGAUGAAACCUUGGAGUCAUUUGAGGACCACAAGGCGAUGGCUAUGCAGGUUGACUCUGAGUUAAAGGCCACAAAAGAGCAGCUGGUUAAAGUUAAUGCAGAGACGCAGUCCGCUGAGGAGAGGCUAAAGAACUACCAUGCUCUGGCAGGCAGUCUCCAGAGUGCCAAUUCUCACUUGUCAAGGCUCAGGGAGCAAAUGGACACCCUUGCUCCUCGUGUGGACCAAGCAGCUCAUGAUGCCUCUAAAGAGCAAGUGGUUCUCUGGCAAGAGGAGCUGCGAUCUUUACAAGCUGCAGUUGGGGAGCUGAUCGAAGAAUGUGAGAACAGGUUUAUCCAAAGCAAAGACUUUGAGACAGAGAUGAAAAGGACCCUGGACUGGCUGCAACAAGUCAGGGAUGAUCUUGACUGUGCUGUGAUUGUGGAUGUCAGAGUGGAGAAGGUCCAGGAGGAGAUCAGGAAGCAGCAAAUCAUGCAAGAAGAAGUGCAGUCCAGACUGAGAAUUGUGGCUGCUCUCAGCAGCAGGGAAAAACACGAGUAUAUCAGUGCCAAUGAGCUUGUCCCAGCCCAUGUAGAUACAAGUCUUGAAGAAAUGGCAAAGCUGCAGGCAGAUGUUCAGAAAGCACUGACUGCCAAACAGAUUACUCUGGAGGAAGCCUUGGUGUUGUGUCAGAAAUACCACUUCAGGAUGCAAGCAGCCUGUGAAUGGCUGGAAGAUGCUGUAUCUUUCCUGCAGCAAGCUAGCUUGGGUGUGGAUGUAGAGAACUAUGAAGAAUGUCUGAGGCAGCAGGCCAACAUCUUGGCCACAGAGCAGGAGUUUCUCAUCCACCUGGAGGAAUUGCAAACCCUCCUUCCUCAGCUGGAGAACCUGGUCAACCCUAUAGCUAAAGAGCAGCUACGGGUGAGUGUGGACUCAGCAAAGCAGAGAGGCGUGGAGGUUCGAGAUCAGCUCCAGUGUCACCAGGAUGUCCUUCACAGCUGUGUAGCCCAAUGGAAGUCGUACCAGGAGGCAAGGCAGACUGUCAUUGAGCUUAUGAAUGAGGCUGAAAAGAAACUGACUGAAUUUUCUACUGCAAAGGCAGCUACAAGCCAAGAAGCUGAAGAUAAGCUGCGUAGUCACAGAUCCCUUGUAUCUCUGGUGAAUGGCUUCCAAGAGAAGCUGAGUGGUUUAGAGGAACAAGCUGCUCAGCUGGAGCUGGUGGGGAGUGAUGCCAGCAAGGCCACCAUCAGUCGCUCCAUGACUACUGUGUGGCAGCGGUGGACACGAUUACGUAGUGUAGCACGGGGACAGGAGAGAGUACUUGAGGACACUGCGCAGGAAUGGAGGACUUUCAGAGAGAAGAUGUUGAAGGUUAAAACAGUCUGCGAUGAGCUCCAAAGUCGUUUCCCUGACAGUGCUGUGGAGAAAGCUCCCAAAGCCACUCUGCAGUCUCUGUUAGACCAGCAUGACUUGUUGAGCCAGGACUUGGAGCGGGAACUGUCCUCCCUUACACUUCUGCGCCAGUAUGCUCUCAGUCUGCUGCAUGAUGUAGAAGUGCCUUCACCAACCAAUGGACAAGACGAGCUGCCCAGCCUGAAGGAGAUCAGAGCUGUACAAGAUCGAAUGGAAAGCCUCUUGACACAGUCCAGGACCAAACGGGCUCAGGCAGCUCAGGAACUGAGGGAUAGAGAGGAAGUGGAGAAGGAACUUAGUGUUGUAAAAGCCUGGAUUCAAGAGACCAGGGAACUCCUUCUUAAUCCAACUCCAGACAUUGAUUCUCUGUUGCAGGAGCUUGAGGUUGUGCAUGGAGAUGUGAUCACCUAUCGUCAGAAUGUGGAUAAAUUAGCAGAGCAACAACAGAGCAAGUACCUAGACCUCUACACCAUACUCCCUUCAGAAAUCUCCAUGCAACUAGCAGAGGUCUCGCUUGCACUUGGUGCUAUUGAGGAUCAGGUUCUCUCUAAAGAGAGAGAAAAUCAGAAAACUAGAGAAAUAAAGGAGGACUUCAGCUCCAGAAUCCAUGACAUGUCAGAAAAACUCAAAGCUAUCUCCAAUAAAUUUAAGGAAAAAUCUCCUGAUGUUGACCAUGCCAAAGAAGAGGUCAAGAGUCUUUUUGAGGACUUGGAUUCCUGUGGUCGCACUCUUGCAGAGCUCGAUGCAGCUGUACAAGAAUUUGGCCGCAGAAACCCCCUGCUGGCCAAACAGCUAAGCGAUGCCAUCAGCAAGCUGUCGGAAAUGCAUCAUCACACGUCGAGACUAGCAGACUGUAGGAACAACUGGCUCAAAAAGGCUGUCUGCUAUUUAGAUGAGUAUAAUGAGAUGCUGGACUUCAUUGUGAGGUGGUCGGAAAAAGCCAAAAGCCUAGUGAGGGCAAAUAUAAUCUGGAACUCCUCUGUUCAUCUGCAGGAACAGAUACGGAUGUAUCAGGCUGUCUUGCGUGAGUCUAGAGAGCUACAUGGGGACCUUGAAUCCAUGGCAGAGAAAGUAGAACUUUUGUCUGAGGUGCUGCAGGUCGAGUCUAUGAGCCAGCAGGUUUGUGAGCUCAGUCGACAUACCGAGGAGCUUCAGCAAAGCAUCAAGACACGACUGCAGAGUCUGCAGGAUGCAAACAAGAGUAUGGAAGCCCUGGAGUAUGAAGUGAAGGCUCUACAUGUUGCUCUGGAGCAGGUCCAAGCGACUCUGACUUCACCAGAGUUGGCACGACAGAGCCUCAAAGAACAGCUGGCUCAGAGACAGCGUCUGCUGGCAGAUAUGGAGAGCUUCAAGCAGCAGGUUCAGGCCGUGCAGCUGUGUCAGAGUGCACUUCAGGUCCCAGAGGAGGUGAUGCCUAACCUUGCCAUCUGUCGCACAGCUCUGCGUCUGCAGCAAGAAGCCAGUCAGCUGCAGCAUGUAGCCAUUCAGCAGUGCAACAUCUUACAGGAGGCAGUGGUGCAGUACGAGCAGUAUGAACAGGAAGUGAGAGAUCUGCAGGGCCUGAUAGAGGAAGCACAUCGGGUCAUUCAGGACCGACCAAUCCCCACAAACAACAUCCAGGAGCUGCAAGCCCAGAUCCUGCACCAUGAAGAACUUGCCCAAAAGAUCAAAGGUUACCAGGAGCAAAUUGCCUCGCUCAACUCAAAAUGCAAAAUGCUGGCAGUGAAGGCCAAGCACGCCACCAUGCUGCUAACAGUGACUGAUGUAGAGGGUCUGCCUGAGGAUCUCCAGGAGAUGGAUGGGGAGAAAUCCAAGAAAUCUGCCACACAAGCUGUUGUGAUGACGGCUGGACGCUGUCACACCCUGCUGUCACCUGUAACUGAGGAGUCUGGUGAAGAGGGCACUAACAGCGAGAUCUCUUCACCUCCUGUGUGUCGUUCUCCUUCUCCUAUAACUCACACAGAAGCAACUGUAACCAAGAUGGGGCGAGGGACACUCACAAGAGCUCCCAUUCAAGAAUUGUAUGACCCAACAUUUGAAUCUGUGGCCAACUUAGAUGACCUACAGCGCUCAUGGGAGAGUUUAAAAAAUGUGAUCAGUGAGAAGCAGAGAUCUUUGUACGAAGCUCUGGAGAAGCAGCAGCAUUACCAGGGUUCACUCCAAUCAAUCUCUUCUAAAAUGGAGGCUUUAGAGGCCAAACUCUGUGAGCCCCUGGAGGCAGAUAAAAGUCCAGAUAGCCACAUAAAGGCACAUGAGGGUCUGAUAGAAGAUAUUCAAAGUGUGCAGGAAGAAAUAGACCGGCUUCAGACAAGCUUCACAGAAGAUCUGGCCACUGACGCUGUGGACUCAGACAUGGCUGACCAUCUGGCCAUGCAGUCCUCCCUCGCUGUGUUAGCUGAGAGGAUGGCCACCAUCCACAUGAAGGCCUCAGGGAAACAACAAGUUCUGGAGGAACGUGUCAGUGACCGCCUGGAGGGUCAGCUUCAGGAACAGGUCGUACAGCUGUAUCACACCCAGGCAGAUGAACUGGACCGGUGGUUGGCCAAAAUGCGCAGUGCUGUAACAUCCCUCUUUCAACUUAAACCUGAAGAGGAGACAGAUAUGGAGAAUCAACUGGCUGAAUGUCAAAACAUGCUGCUGGAGAUUGAAGAGAAGGUGCUGGCCCUCUCAGAGCUGUCAGUGCAUAGUGAGAACUUGCUGCGGGGGGGCCGCACAGACACCAGAGAGGAAGCUGAACAUUUGGCCAGGAAGUUACGUACACUGAAGGGUGGUUUGUUGGAGCUGCAGAGGAUGCUACAAGACAAACAGGUUAACAUCCAGGGUUCUCUGCAGGAACAGGAAGACAGUGAAUCAGAGUCCAGCCUCUCUCAGAGUCCCAGUGUGCAGGAUUGGCUGGCCCUGGCUCGGACCACACGAACCCAACAGCAUCAAGACAGCCUUCAGAGACAGAGGGAACUGGAGGAGCAGCUUGCAGAGCAGAAAAAGCUGCUUCAGUCUGUUGCUAGCAGAGGAGAGGAGAUCCUCAUCCAGCAGGCAUCACCCAGCAGCGCCAGUACAACAGAGCCAUUUUCUCCAGCAGCUUUGGCUGAGAGGGAAACUCAGGUUGGGCGGGAGCAGAUGAGGCAGAGAUGGGAGAGUCUAAGACUGGAGCUCAAAACUAAACUCCAGCUCCUGCAGAAAACCCUGGAGCAGGACCACAAGCAGCCAGUUUAUUCGAGAGCUUCUCGUGUGUCCACAGCUGGGCCACUCUUUAAAGGAGACACCCAGGCAGGGAGAUCCUCUCUGAAGACUCUGUACGAUAGCUUCAGACAGACAGUAGAAGACAUGACCCCUCAGCCUGGUGGUGGUGAGAUACAGGUGGCGGAGAUGGAGCAACAGCUCUACACAGCUGUGUCAAACACCUCCUCCUGGCUGGAUAGUGUGGAGAACAACGUCUUCUCUGGCUCAGUGCUGCUUGCUGAAAAUGCAGAGACCCAGCUACAAAAGCAAGAGACCUUGGAGAACGAUGUAAGGAAUGUGACAGAGGAUGUGAAGCUCAGCCAAACUCUGCUUGCUUCAUCUUCAGCGUUAAGAAAUGAAGAUCGAGUGCUUUUGGAAGACAACCUUAACUGCUUAAAAGAGAGAUUAGGAGCUCUGGGUUGUGCUCUGGGACAACGUUGUGACCAAAUGAGGAGCAGAGCGCAUGAACUCACAUCCUAUCAGACUGAAUUGCAACUUCUUCAGACUGCUUUGAUUGAGACCAAAUGCCAGAUACUACAAGCGCUAGCUGGAGCAAUGGAUAGACCAGCCUCAAAACAACUUGAGGUCAUUGCCAGUGCAGAGGAGAGCCUGAAAGACUUUGAACAAAGAAUCACAGAACUUAAAACCAGAGGAGCAGCACUACACGCAGAUCAGAUAUCCGUAAACAAACUGCUCAAACUACAGGAUUCAUAUGAGGAGCUGGUGAUGACAGUGGGUUCCCGGCGCAGUGGGCUGAACCAGAACAUGGCACUGAAGGAGCAGUAUGAGCGUGCUCUGCAGGACCUGAAAGACCUGGUAGACACAGCUAAAGACAAGAUGGCUGCUGAUCAAAGAAUUAUUGCCAGCUCGGUGGAGGAAGUCCAAAAUCAUCUGGACAAACAUAAGGAGUUCUUCCAGGGUCUAGAGUCCCAUAUGAUUCUAACAGAAACGUACUUCAGGAAGAUCAGUGGCUUGAUGCUUCCCAAAGAAAACCAAGCCUUGGAACAGACACUGGCUGAGGCUCAGAGUGUCCUCAAAGAGGCGCACAGUAAAGGAGUUGAACUGGAGUGUAUCCUAGAGACUUGGUGCCGUUUGGUGCAGGACUACCAGAGUCUGAACCGACAUCUGGAGGCUGUUGAAGGAAGUAUUCCUUCUGCUGGCCUGGUUGAAGAAACUGAAGAAAGGCUUAUGGACAGAAUAUCACUGUAUCAGGGUCUGAAGGGGAGACUAACAGAGCACCAGCACAAGCUCUACCAGGUAUUGGAUGAAGGUAAACAUCUCUUACUGUCGGUAUGCUGCCCCGCACUGGAGAAUCAACUCACACUCUUGGGGGAACACUGGCUCAAUAACACAGCAAAGGUCAACAAGGAGUUACAACGCCUUGAGGCUAUCCUGAAACACUGGACCAGGUAUCAAAGGGAGUGUGCUGAGAUGAGUGAAUGGCUGCAAUCUGCUCUGGAGCGACUGGAGUUUUGGAACACGCAGGCGGUGUUAGUACCACAGGAGCUGGAAACUGUCAGAGACCAUCUCUCUGCUUUCCUUGAAUUCUCAAAAGAAGUUGAGGGAAAGUCUAGCCUUAAGAGCUCAGUGGUUAAUGAGGGGAACCAGCUGCUGCGGCUGAAGAAAGUGGACACGGUGGUAUUGCGCUCUGACCUGGCACGGAUUGACACUCAGUGGGCUGAGCUACUCACACGCAUCCCAGUGGUCCAGGAGAAGCUGCAUCAGAUCCAAAUGGAAAAGUUGGCAUCCCGUCAUGCCAUUUCUGAGCUGUUUAACUGGAUAGCACUGAUGGAGAAUGUCAUUGAGGAGGAUGAAGAAAACCUCAAGAGUGCUGUGGGGUCAAGUGUGAUUCAAGACUAUUUGCAAAAAUAUAAGGGUUUCAGGGUAGAUUUAAGCUGUAAGCAGCUGACUGUGGACUUUGUUAACCAGUCAGUGCUGCAGCUCAGUGGUCAGGAUGUGGAGAGCAAGCGCAGUGAUAAAACAGACUUUGCUGAACGUCUGGGAGCCAUGAACAGGCGGUGGCAGAUCCUACAAGGCCGCAUCAAUGAGAGGAUCCAGUUCCUGGAGAGCCUAUUGGAGAUGUGGUUGGAGUAUGAGAGCAGCAUUCAGGCCCUGAAGUCCUGGAUGGCAACCCAAGAAGAAAGGCUAAAGAGGAAACAUCGGAUAGAGGAUUUGACAUCUGUACAGAAUGCUCUAAAAGACUGCGAGGAAAUGGAAGAGUUGGUGAAAGAAAAAGAGAAAGAACUGGAGAGAGUCGAAGAGCAGGGCUGUGCCCUUGUUCAAAACAAGACUGAUGAGGCCUGUGCUAUUGUCAUGGAAACACUCCAAGGUGUCAAUCAUACCUGGGCUAACCUGGACCACUUGAUUGGGCAACUAAAGAUCAGCUUGAAGUCAGUGCUGGACCAGUGGACUCUAUACAAGCACGCUUCAGAAGAGAUCAAUGGCUACCUGAUGGAGGGAAGGUACUCUGUGUCUCGUUUCCGCCUCCUCACAGGCUCCCUGGAGGCUGUUCAUCUGCAAGUGCAAAGUCUGCAGGAUUUGCAAGGGGAACUGGAAAAACAGGAGAGCAGCCUCAGAAAGUUUGGUGCUGUUACCCACCAACUGCUGAGGGAGUGUCACCCUUCGGUGUCAGAUUCUCUCAACAAUGCCCUGAAAGAUGUCAAUGCAAGAUGGACUGGCUUACUGGAGGAGAUUGGAGAGCGUCUCAGAAGCAGCAAAGCCCUGCUUCAGCUGUGGCAGCGCUACAAAGAGCUUUAUGAGCAGAGCUGCAACAGCAUCCAGCUGCAGGAGGAAAAAGCUAAUCAGCUCCUCAAGACCACCUGCAGCAAAGACAUUGCUGACGAUGAGGUGUCUGACUGGAUCCAAGAAUGCAGCGAGUUGCUCCGAUCCCAAGCUCCAGUCCAGGCCACACUUCAGGUUCUCCAAGAACUGGGAGAGCAGCUUAAACAGCAGGUGGAUACAUCAGCAGCAUCUGCUAUCCAGUCAGAUCACCUUUCUCUCACCCAGCGGCUGGCUGCGGUGGAACAGGCACUUACCAGGCAGCUCACCACUCUACAGACUGGAGUUCAAGACUAUGAAAUCUUCAAUCAUCAGCUGGAAUCACUGGGGUCCUGGGUAGUUGAAGCUGAAGAGGCUCUGAAGGUGCAAGAUCCUAAUGGCUCUACUGACCUGACAGUCAUCCAGGACCGCAUGGAUGAGCUCAAGAGGCUCAUGUUGAAAUUCAGCAGUAUGGCCCCUGAGUUAGAGCGUCUUAAUGAGCUUGGUUACCGGCUCCCUCUUAACGAUUCAGAGAUCAAGCGCAUGCAGAACCUCAACAGAAGCUGGUCCACAGCCUCAGCACAGGCCACAGAGAGAUUCAGCAAACUUCAGUCAUUCCUGCUGCAGCAGCAGACCUUCCUUGAAAAGUGUGAAACGUGGAUGGAGUUCUUGGUCCAAACAGAAGAGAAUCUGGCAGUGGAAAUUUCAGGGAACUACCAGAGUUUGAUAGAACAGCAGAAAGCCCAUGAGUUAUUCCAAGCUGAGAUGUUCAGUCGGCAGCAGAUCCUCCACUCUAUCAUUAGUGAUGGACAGAGAAUGUUAGAGCAGGGUCAGGUAGAUGACAGAGAUGAGUUCAACCUGAAGUUGGCUCUCCUGAGUAACCAGUGGCAGGGCGUAGUGCGACGCGCUCAGCAGAGGCGGGGCAUCAUUGAUGGUCUCAUCCGCCAGUGGCAGCGGUAUAGAGAAAUGGUGGACAAGCUGCGCAAAUGGCUUUUGGAAGUGUUCCAUCGUACAGAGGCACUUCAGGCAGGGAAUACAGUUCCUCUGCAACAAGCUCGCGCUAUGCUGGAUGGUGUCCAGAUGAAGGAAAAGGUCCUGCAGCGUCACCAGGGCAGCUAUAUCUUGACAGUGGAGGCUGGCAGACAACUGCUUUUGUCGGCCGAUAGCCGAGCAGAGGCGGCCCUGCAGGCAGAGCUGACUGAUAUCCAGGAGCGAUGGAAACAAACCAGCAUACGCCUGGAAGAACAGAAGAAAGAACUUUACACUUUGUUAAAGGACUGGGAGAGGUGUGAAAAAGGCAUUUGUGGAUCGCUGGAAAAGCUUCGAGCCUUCAAAAAGCAGCUUUCUCAGCCUAUUCCCAAUCAUAAUGAGGAUCUGCAAGCUGAACAGAUCCGCUGCAAGGAUUUGGAGAAUACGUUUGAUGGCUGGACGGGUGAUCUGGCCCACCUGACCGUACUGAGAGAGUCACUUUCUUGCUACAUCAGUGCUGAGGACCUUUCUGUCCUGCAAGAGCGUAUUGAGCUGCUGCAUAGACAGUGGGAUGAAAUCUGCCACCAGCUGUCACUGCGGAGGCAGCAGGUAGGCGAAAAACUGAAUGAGUGGACUGUCUUUACCGAGAAGUACAAGGAGCUCUGCGAGUGGCUCACUAACAUGGAGAGCAAGGUGUCCCAGAAUGGUGACAUCAGUAUUGAGGAGAUGAUCGAGAAGCUCCGCAAGGACUACCAGGAGGAGAUCACAGUGGCAGAGGAGAACAAGCUGCAGUUGCAUCAGCUGGGAGAGCGCCUGGCCAGGGCCAGUCACCAGAGCAAAGCCACUGAAAUUGAACAAAAACUCAACAAAGUCAGUGACCGCUGGCAGCAUCUCCUUGACCUCAUUGGAGCACGAGUGAAGAAACUAAGAGAAACUCUAGUGGCCGUGCAGCAGCUAGAUAAAAACAUGAACAGCCUGCGCUCUUGGCUUGCCCACAUCGAAACGGAGCUGUCCAAACCUAUCGCCUAUGACACCUGCGACUUCCAAGAAAUUCAGAGGAAGCUUGAUCUGCAGCAGGAGCUUCAGCGUGAUAUAGAGAAGCACAGUACAGGAGUGGCGUCUGUGCUGAAUUUAUGUGAGGUGCUUCUGCACGACUGUGACGCCUGUGCCACUGAUGCAGAGUGCGACUCCAUCCAGCAGGCAACGCGUAGCCUCGAUCGCCGCUGGAGGAGCAUCUGUGCCUUGUCUAUGGAGAGGAGAUUAAAGAUUGAGGAGACAUGGCGUUUAUGGCAAAAAUUCCUGGAUGACUUUGCACGUUUUGAGGAGUGGCUGGCCACUUCAGAAAAGACUGCUGCUCUGCCCAACUCCUCUGGUGUACUGUACACUGUAGCCAAGGAGGAACUAAAGAAAUUUGAGACCUUCCAGAGACAAGUUCAUGAGAGUCUGACCCAGCUGGAGUUAAUCAAUAAGCAAUACCGCCGCCUGGCCAGAGAAAACCGCACUGACUCUUCUUGCCAACUGAGAGAGAUGGCACAUGAUGCCAAUCAGCGAUGGGACAACCUGCAGAAGAGGGUGGCAUCCAUCCUUCGCAGGCUUAAGCACUUUAUUAGUCAGAGAGAGGAGUUUGAGACAGCCAGAGAUGGCAUUUUGGUUUGGCUGACAGAGAUGGACCUUCAGCUGACCAACAUUGAGCACUUCUCUGAAUGUGACAUUCAAGCCAAGAUCAAACAACUCAGGUCAUUCCAGCAGGAAAUUUCUCUAACAACAGCCAAGAUCGAGCACAUCUUCCACCAGGGCGAGGCUCUGAUAGAGAAGAGUGAGCCUCUGGAUGCUGCUGUCAUCGAGGAAGAGCUGGAGGAGCUGCAGCGCUACUGUCAGGAGGUGUUUGGUCGAGUGGAGCGCUACUACAAGAAACUCAUUCGUCUUCCUCUUGCAGAUGAUGAUACUGAAGUGUCAUUCUCGGAUCGUGAGCUGGAGCUAGAUGAGCACUGUGAUUUGUCCAGUCUGCCAUGGAGUGAACGUUUGGGGGAUGGCUUCCUGUCACCUCUGCCCUCCUCCGGCCGCUCAGCCUCCUUGGCUGCCCAGUUCCGGAACGAGCGUUCAGGCAGGGACACACCAGCAAGCGUGGACUCCAUUCCCCUGGAGUGGGACCACGACUACGACUUAAGCCGUGGGCUUGAGAGCGCAAGCAGGGCACUCAGAGAGCAGCAGAGUGAAGAGGGAGAAUUCCUUCAGCGCCCUUCCUCAGGGUUAUCAGGGGAGGUUUCAGCUGCAGACUCUCAUAUUCACCCUCUGGAUGUCAGCCGUUUACACCUGCAGCAAACAGACAGCAGCCGCAGCCGCACUUCUACAAGCACAGAAAUGGAUGGCUCAUACAUGGGAUACCUGCGACUGAUGGGCGAGUGUCGUGGCAGUAUUGACACAGUAAAGAGGAUAGGCUCUGAGCUGAAGGAGGAAGAGGAUACAGUGUCUGGACUGGCAGAUCCCAGUAGCUCAGAGUCCCAAACGUCAGGAGUGAUUGAGCGCUGGGAGCUCCUGCAGGCUCAGGACCUCAGCAAGGAGAUGAGAACAAAGCAAAAUGAGCAGCAGUGGCAGCAGCUGAACUCUGACCUGAACAAAAUUUGGAUUUGGCUGGGAGAGACGGAGGAAGAGCUGGAGCAACAGCGGAAACUGGACCUCGGCACGGACAUCCAGACGAUUGAGCUGCGCAUCAAAAAGCUCAAGGAGCUGCAGAAGGCAUAUGAUAAGCGCAAGGCUAUAGUGCUUUCCAUCAACUUGUGCAGUGUUGAGUUUCUGCAGUCAGAGACAGACGAGUCCCGAGAGCUACAAGGCAAACUGAAAGACAUGAACAACCACUGGGAUAAACUAGGCAGCGCGUUGGAGGAAUGGAGGUCUUUGUUACAGGAAGCUCUCAUGCAAUGCCAAGAAUUUCAUGAGAUGAGUCAUGGUCUGCUGCUCUGGUUGGAAAACAUCGAUCGGAGGAGGAACGAGGUGGUUCCUAUUGAUCCAAUCCAGGACAGUGACACUCUCCACGAGCAUCACAAAACACUUACGCAAAUCCGCCAGGAGCUGCUAGACUCACAGCUUAAAGUUGCUUCACUACAAGACAUGUCCCUCCAGUUGCUGGUCAACUCGCAGGGCAGUGACUGCUUGGAGGCCAAGGAGAAGGUUCAUGUUAUUGGGAACCGUCUCAAACUGCUGCUAAAGGAAGUAACCCGAGACCUCAGAGAGCUGGCCAAGAUUCUGGACAUCACAAGCAGUCAACAGGAUCUGUCUUCUUGGUCUUCUGCUGAUGAGCUGGACACGUCUGGCUCCCUCAGUCCUGUAUCAGGAAGGAGUACUCCUAGUCACAGACGAUCGACCUCACAGCGACGCUGGAUCCGCUUCCUUCCCUUCUGACUUGGAGACGCGGUCGGCUCGUAGGUCCUCGUUUCUGCGGCGCGUCUUCUGGGUCGCACUGCCUCUCCAGCUCUUCCUGCUCCUGUUAGUGGUCUUUGCCUUUCUGCUGCCAAUGUCCGAGGAGUACUACUGUGCUCAG